CGGCCGGCUGGACCGCCUCCCAGGCCCAGUUGCAUGAUGGGAAAAGAACAGGAGCUGCUGCAGGCUGUGAAAAAUGGGGACCUGUUUUCAACCCAGAAACUCCUGUCCAAGCUGAAGGCCAGCCGCAACAAGCUACUGGGCUCCACUAAGAAGCUGAAUGUCAACUACCAAGAUCAUGAUGGGUUCUCUGCACUCCAUCAUGCAUCUCUAACUGGCACCACUGAGCUGCUGUCUGCUCUGCUGGACGCUCAGGCUACAGUAGACAUCAAGGACAGCAAUGGCAUGCGUCCGCUACAUUACGCGGCGUGGCAGGGUAAGGGAGAGUCGGUGCUCCUGCUGUUGAGGUCAGGUGCUUCGGUCAACGCAGCAUCUCUGGACGGACAAAUCCCACUGCACCUGUCCGCUCAGUACGGACACUGCGAAGUGUCCGAGAUGCUUCUUCAGCACCAGUCUAACCCGUGUCUGGCGAACAAGGCAAAGAAGACCCCUUUGGACCUGGCUUGUGAAUUUGGUCGUGUCAAGGUGGUACAGCUGCUGCUCAACAGUAACAUGAUCGUGAGCUUGCUGGAGGGCGAUCGGAAAGAGACUCCAGACUCCAGCAGCAACACACCUCUUCACCUCGCAUCACGCAACGGACACAAAGACAUCAUACGGUUGCUGCUGAAGGCGGGCAUUGACAUCAACAGAGUGACUAAAACAGGUACGGCUCUGCACGAGGCCGCCCUCUAUGGGAAGACAGAGGUAGUGCGCCUGCUUCUGGAGGCGGGCAUUGAUGUCAACAUCAGGAACACGUACAACCAGACCGCUCUGGACAUCGUUAACCAGUUCACAGCCUCCCACGCCAGCAAAGACAUCAAACAGCUCCUCAGAGAUGCCACAGGUGUGUUGCAGGUGCGUGCUCUGAAGGAGACUACUGGGCGUCCACGAUUACAGCUAAGCAGUCUGCGUGCUGGUAAUCAUCAUAGUGUUCUGGAGCAGCACAUGGACGGGCGCUGGAAAGGGCAUAUCCAUGACAACCAGAAGGGCAUGGACCGCGUCGGCUUCUUCCCACCCUCCAUAGUAGAGGUCAUCAGCCGGCGCUCAGGGGGCACCCUGUCCCGCCACGCCUCACUGCCCAGUCACCGGCAGCAGACGCUCUCCAGAGCGCCCCCUAGCUGCCAGGCCACCACCAUGAACCCGGCAGCACACACAUACACACUCUACGCACAGCACACACACAGCCUCAACCAUGCCAACGACCUCUCUGCAGGUCCAUCCAGCAGUCAAUCACAGCCCAGCUUCUCUAGGCUGGAGGACAUCUGGGUUCUACGGAACUCCCACUCUGCAGGGGACAGGAACAGUGUGGGCAGUACUGGUAGUGUGGGCAGCACGCGAAGUGCAGGCAGUGGACAGAGCACAGAGAGCAACAGCACCCCCAACGGGCUGCCCCCCGCCACUGCACCCACAGACGGGAAUAAGAAUGAAUUAGUUACACUUUUCACAUUGCGUGUGCGUGCCUGCGUGCGUGUGUUAUCAGUAAUAAUGUCAAUGUGUGUGUGCAGGCUGGCAUCAUCUGGUGGAGAUCUCCAGCACCCCGACCACAGCAAACAGCCAGACCUAACAGCAGGGGUCCCACGCAGACCAAUUGCUCUGCAGCGGCCGUAUGGGGAGCCCGGAGUGACUCAGCAGUUUGUGCGACCCCAACAGCUCCUCGAGGGAAAGGAUGCUGAGGCGAUUUCUCAGUGGUUAAGUGAGUUCCAGUUAGAGCAUUACACCUCCAACUUCCUCAUCGCUGGCUAUGACGUGCCAACCAUCAGCAGGAUGACCCCAGAGGACCUGACGGCCAUCGGCGUGACCAAGCCUGGACACAGGAAGAAGAUCUCCACGGAGAUUGGCAACCUCAGCAUUCCAGAGUGGCUCCCAAGGUACAUCCCUGCUGACCUGGGUGAGUGGCUGAGCACCAUUGGUCUGCCUCAGUACCACAAGAAGCUGUCGGAGAACGGCUACGACUCCAUUACCAUCGUCAGGGACCUCACCUGGGAAGACCUGCAGGAGAUCGGCAUCACCAAAUUGGGGCACCAGAAGAAGCUGAUGCUGGCGGUGAAGAAGCUGUGUGACGUGCACCGGGCGCAGCUGCAGUCCGAGGCCUUGGGGGGGGGCACUCUGCGUCGCCGCCCCCCCCCCUCGCUGCACCUUCUGACCCUGGAGCCGGCCGACGGGCCGUCGCACGCCGCUGGGGUCACGGGAGUCAUCUCCGGGGGCGACAUGCUCAGCUUCCAGGGCAGCGAGCUGAGCGCCGAGCUGCAGGACGCCAUGAGCAGCCCGUACGGCUCGGGUUGCCACGGCGACGCCCUGGCCGCGGGGAUGGGGCUGUCGCGACAGCGCAGGGAGAGUCUGACGCGGCCCGGGGGCCGGGCGGUCAGGGGCCGAACGCCCGGGCACGCAGCUUCAGCGGUCGGCACAGAGCCUCAGCAGCUCGGCAGAGGCCAGCCCCGCACGCGAGCGGAACCUUCCGGAGGGC